AUGACCCCAAUCAGUUGGCUUCCAACUGCAUCUUCUUCUAUGUUGGGUCUUUUUUCAUUAGCUGGAGUUCCUCAUACCGUACAAUUUUAUGCCGCCGGAAUGGUUGGAUGUUUAUCCAUGUCCGCGAUGAUAUCUCUUUUCGAAAACCGACAUAACGUCAUUCAGAACAACAGAUUCAGAAUUUCAAAACAGCCGAUUCGAUUUUUGAUAGUCGGAAUCAACUAUCUAUUCGCUGUUGUUUAUCCCAUUCCGUUUCUUUUCGGAUUACCAGACCAAGACUCUGCCAAGCUAUCGAUUCUUCAAACUAUCGCUUGUCCAUCUGAAGAAUUCUUUCAACUUCCAGUUUUUACAAUAUCCAUCAAUCCAGAAUUCAAAACAUAUGCUGCUAUAUCAAUGUUCAUUUGCACUGUUUUCAUGAUGUUUCAGCUCAAGUUCUACGCUUCUACCUGUAUUUAUUAUCUUGUACUCUCGAAAUCUAAAAACUCUUCUAAAGUGACAAUUGAUCGACAAAGAAAGUUUUUCUACGGAAUUCUCAUUCAAAUCAGUAUUCCUUAUCUGUUUAUGUUGCCAGCAAUUGGCUACACUUGCUAUUCAAUAUUCAGAAACUACUAUAAUCAAGGUAAAUCUGAAUCAUGUGAUGAUGCUGCAAAAUUUACUUCAGACUUGAACAAUUUUUUCAUUUUGUUUGCCAAUUUCUAUGGAACUGUUGCCACGUUUGCUCUACUUUUCAGUCAUACUCCAUAUCGAGAUUUCUUUCGGAAAGUUAUCUGUUGGGAGAAAACAAAACCGAUUGGCAAAAUAUCAACCAGUGGAAAUAGACCAAGUGCUUUUAUAAAGUAA